CCUUCUCGGAGCGUUGUGGAAGAGAGUGUUUUCUUCAGGGUAUUAAGCUGAGAAUACAGAGGAGGAGAGGCUCAGACCUUUACCUCACUGCCUCAUUUUCCCUUCCAUGUGAACAUUCUGCAACGUUUCCUUCAUCCUGUCGCACCUCUCACCUGGCCAGCGCUGUCCGGACCAUGUCCGCUAAGCUCCUGCCGGUUUUCUUCCUCCUCUCAGUGUUCCACGCUUGUUCUAGAAAGGUUGAAGAUGAUGAAUAUGAAGAUGGAACAACUAACCAAAACUGGGUUUUAGCUCCAAAAACACAAGAUACGGAUGUGACUCUCAUACUAAACAAGCUGUUGAGAGAGUAUGACAAAAAGCUGCGGCCAGAUAUUGGAAUAAAACCGACAGUUAUUGAUGUUGACAUUUAUGUUAACAGCAUUGGUCCCGUGUCAUCAAUAAAUAUGGAAUAUCAAAUUGAUAUAUUUUUUGCCCAGACGUGGACAGACAGCCGUCUUCGUUUCAACAGCACCAUGAAGAUACUGACUCUGAACAGCAACAUGGUUGGCUUGAUCUGGAUCCCAGACACGAUAUUUCGUAACUCAAAGACAGCAGAGGCCCACUGGAUCACCACCCCCAACCAGCUCCUCCGCAUAUGGAAUGAUGGCAAGAUCUUGUACACCCUCAGGCUUACCAUCAACGCUGAGUGCCAGCUGCAGCUGCACAACUUCCCCAUGGAUGAACACUCCUGUCCUCUGAUAUUCUCCAGCUAUGGCUAUCCUAAAGAGGAGAUGAUUUACAGAUGGAGGAAAAAUUCAGUGGAGGCUGCUGACCAGAAAUCUUGGAGACUCUAUCAGUUUGACUUUAUGGGUCUCAGAAAUACUUCAGAAAUUGUGAAAACUUCUGCAGGUGAUUAUGUAGUCAUGACUAUAUACUUCGACUUAAGUAGAAGAAUGGGAUACUUCACUAUACAAACAUACAUUCCCUGUAUAUUAACAGUUGUUCUUUCCUGGGUAUCCUUUUGGAUCAAAAAAGAUGCCACACCAGCAAGAACAGCAUUAGGCAUCACCACGGUAUUGACCAUGACAACUUUGAGUACCAUUGCAAGAAAGUCAUUGCCCCGUGUCUCCUAUGUCACUGCCAUGGAUUUGUUUGUGACUGUAUGCUUUCUAUUUGUAUUUGCUGCUCUGAUGGAGUAUGCCACCCUCAACUACUACUCAAGUUGCAGGAAACCAAACUGUACUAAGAAGAAAAAGUCGCUACCUGAUGUAAGUUUUGGUCAUGUAAUGAAUUAUUCUGUACUUGAUAUGAGACCACCAACUACAGUCAUCACAUUGAACAAUGCCAUGUAUUGGCAAGAUUUUGAAGAUGCGUGUGUCUAUGAAUGUCUGGAUGGGAAAGACUGUCAGAGCUUUUUCUGUUGUUAUGAAGAGUGUAAAUCAGGCUCGUGGAGGAGAGGACGGAUUCACAUAGACAUCUUAGAACUGGACUCUUACUCUAGGGUCUUUUUCCCUACAUCCUUCCUGCUGUUUAACCUGGUCUACUGGGUUGGAUACCUCUAUCUUUAAAUAUUGCCUGUAGCAGUGAAGACUGCUGUGUUUUCUCACUGCGGACGGAUGCUGAAAGUGCAGAAAAAGUGAAGGACACAGUCAGUUUCAUCUCCAGUUUAAAAGACCACAUUAACUUUUACCAUCACAGAGCCUGAUGAAGAAUUUUAACAUGUAAUUUCUUGAAAAAGAAAAACAUGGAAGAGUUCUCUCCUAACUGCUAUUUGUUUUAAGAAAAAGGUUCUUACAAAGUUCUGCUGAAUUUGUAGUGUAAGCGAUGUUUAUGAAUAAUUAUUGUAUAUUAAAAUCUCUACUAUUGUCCCUUACCUUAGGAGCUAUUCACAAUUCAGGCAAAGUUUAAAUAUGUAAUUUUUAUUUUUCAUUCUCAUACUUUCUUCAAAAUGCUGCCAUAUCCCUAAGGCUCAGAGAAAUGUACACUGGCACUAGCAAAUAAGCCAAAGCUGAUGAAAAUGCUCUUUUGUAUUUAAAUUUGCUUGAUACCACAGGUUUUGGGAAACUGACAAUCUCCUUGAUAUGGAAUAACCACCAAGAGACACUAAGAAAUGUCUGGUAGGAUCAAAACAUGGACAUGACUUUCUGCAGAGGUCUGAGGUUCAUUGAAUUAGCCACUUACCCACACAUAUUGGUUUUAACUUAGAGGUGAAAAGGCAGACAGAGAAGAAAGCUAUCAUUUGGAUAUAAAUAAGACUUGCCUAUCUGUGAGGCAGCUGUAGGCAUAACUUCUACAGUUUUUCAAGCUUUUAACUGUGUUUUCUACGACUCAUUAAACACAGGAUGGUCAUUGAUUUCCAAAGUACUGUACUUGAGGCAGGACAAGAUUCCUCUUGUUUGUGUCAUUGUAGCAGUUCACAGUGCAUAGCCCAUGAGUAAAAAUUAUAAUAGCACCAGGAAUAUGUGACUUUCUUCAGAUUUCAAUCUGCUAAAAAAGUGUUUUCAUGCAUUCUUAUUUUUUCUCUCAAAGUUGUAUUAUAAAAUUGAAAAACAGGUGUGCCAAAGGCCUUUUUUUUUCUUUUCAUAACAUUAAACACUGCAAUAUUUACUCACAGUAGUUGUUCCCUGUGCCUGAGCUAAAGACUGAACACUUGUGGCUUGAAUAGUGCAUUACAGGAACUCAAUUGUGACACUUGGAUUAAACAUGAAAUAGCUGCCACAUGUAGAAAGAGGUUCUUUUCAUUCUUUUCCAAAAUUUUCAACUAUAUUUUACACUAAAAAACAAUUUUGUAUUUUUCAAGGUAUUGACCAUUGAAUUCUACUACCCAUUUUUUCAAAAACUACUUUUACAAUAUUGAACUAAGUGAUGUCUUUUACAGGCUGUCUACAUAAUUGUUAUUAAGCAAACAAAAUACAUCCAGAAUUAAAUAGCAAUAGCUUUUCACUACCCUUUGCAUGACAAAUUGUUACAAAAGAUUGAAGUUAAAAGAUAACUAAAACAACAAUUCUAUUUCUUUUCCCUUUUGGAGAUAAUUUUUUAUGAACUCAAAAAAUGUGUCUCUUCCAGGCAGUAUUUGAUGAAAAAAUGAAUAGUGGAUGUGACUUGAAAGGAGUUCCUUUUUCCUCCAAAGGAAAACCCUGCAAACAAGCAAAAGCUAAUGCAACAGUACUUCUAAAGGAACAGAAAUGCUGUCAUGUUCUUUGAAACAUCACUGUCUGUCAUUGCUGUUGCUGUGUUCUUCCACUGAGUUUUAAUGGGGGGGGGGAAAUUAACCCAAAAGUUAAUUUUAAUUUUUCAAAAUCUUUCUUCUGUUUUUAACUUGUCUCAAAUAUCUGAAACCUAGUUGUGUUUGGGUUGUGGAAGCGAAUUACUUCUGUAAGGACUGAAAAAAUUCAAAUUAGAAGCACAGAAAAUAAAUAUUUUGAGGCAGAAUCAAAGCCUUAUUUUUAGAAAGAUCUGCCCAAUCUGAUGUCUUCUAAACCAAUGAUAACCUUCUGAUUUCAAAAUACAUGUUGAAAAUUUUGCUAACUCUAAUUAGCAAAUUAACUGCUCUGUAAACCUGUGUCCUGCACUUAGAGGUAUAGACUUAAUUUGAGGAUGACAGUGAUAUUUUAAGUAGUGCAAGAAGGUGAUUAAACUUGAGUUAGAUAUCCUGAUCUCUAAUUAUUAAUUAUUAAUUAUUCUACUCUAAUAGUCACCUUCAGCCAUAUUUUGGAAGAAUACUAGAAAUAUUCCAAUAAGGGAAACCAUUUUCCUUUAGGGGGGUGAUCCUGCAAACCCUCUGCACAAUCAAUUGAUUUUGGUGGUAGUAUUGAGACAAAUUAUGCACAAUCAGGUGCCUUCCACCAUUAGAUCUUGAACAGGUAAAGUGAUGUUUAUUUAACAAUUCCAUGCUGUGUGAGUUUUCUGGGAAGUGGAACAUUCCCGUGUUAGAUGAUGAGCGUAUGCUUUUCUUGCACUUGUGCUCAUGGCUGCUCAGGAGCCCUGCUGAAAGCAGACAAUCCCAGCAGAUCCUUCUUUGAAAGACUGGUUCUGCUAAGUCCAUUCAUAUUGACAAUUUUUCUGACUUUUUCCACAAACAGAAGAUGGAAGCAAAUAAUUCCAAUUUUUCCACUGUCCUAAAUCAAGAAAGAAGCUUCAGACACUACUGCCUUCUUCUCUUACAGUGAGAGCAGAGGACAUAUUUUACCGUGUAAUUUUUUCUGAUUUGGGGUUAUCAAAAAUUGAUUUUUAUGGAAGGCUGGCAGGUUCCUGAAUGCAUUCCUCUGCUUGUUCCCAGUAACUUGGCUUACUCUCACUGCUUUACUGCUCUGUGCUUUGGCAGGCGCUGAGAAACCUUAGAGAUGAGGGAAGAGGGGCUUUCUAUGAUCUGCAUCAUUUAAAAUUGUGGCCAUUAUGUUCUGCACACA